CUUCACUCAAAGUUCAGCCAUUGUGCAUAGUUUUGAAUGUAUCAAAAUCUAGCAAAACGCCAGCGAUAUGUUACAAAAAACGUCCUACGCUGUUUUUCUGAUUAUGUAUAUAAAAUGCGUUGAGACGACCGGGAUCGAAAGUUUUCAUGGUGUGAGAACAGAUGAAAACCCGAAAUUUUCAUGUCACAAAAUUGAUAAUGUAAUAAGUACGGGAAGAUGUCUGGCAAAAUGCGGGAUCUUAAUGGAUAAUAUCAUAAUGGUAAGCCACGACAAGUCUUCGAAAAUAUGCAUGUGUUGCAAUGACAUCACAGGAAGUGACAUCAUCGGUUCGAAUUGGAAGACAUUCGUCCCACUACCCUGUGCUGACGGUUAUGCGACUUACAGUUUGAUGCAAUACCAAAUAUGUAUGAAGUAUUUCCCAGUGCCUGCCUCGUAUUCAACAGCCCAGGCCAACUGCCAGGCUGAAGGUGGCGAUCUCAUAAAGAUUGAUUCCCAGGAAAAGUAUGACAUAUUCAAGGAUUAUCAUGUGUCAAUCGCUAACAAUGCAAUACUACAAGUAUGGGUUCAAGGGGAAAAGGUUGGAGGUCAGUGGCAGUUUGAUGACGAAACUCCAAUACCUAACUUCUGCCCCAUCAGUAUGACAAAUGGACCGGACGAAAUACGUCUCCGGGCACGGGGUACUACAUCGUUCGACUGUUUAGACGAUGAUUAUUACAAGGAACAUCAUUAUUCGUGCCAAUAUCAUCGUCUGUUAGCCAUCAACAACUAA